GGACCCACCGCCGGAAUGUGGCCUAGUUCCACUAGGUCAAUCAACUACGGCCUGUCACCGGAUAUGGGCAUGGUGGGUCUCCGUGACUUGUUCGUGGUGACACCUGCUUCAUCUUUCCACCACCACAAUCACCACCACCAUGAGGCUGUGAUGUCGGAUCUUCACUUCAUGAACGGUGGUUCCAACCCUGCCACUGCACUUGGUGUUGGUGUUAUCCCUGUCCUCACUUCAACUCCAUGCGUUGCCCCUCCUAACAUAAACAUGGACGACGAGAACCUCAUAGGGAAUCGUGGCCGUGGAGGGGGAAUUCAGUUUUGGCAGGACCAUGAAUCUCAACAACAACAACAACAUAAUCACUAUUUAAAGAAGCAUGCUCUUCUUGAGCACAAUAAUAGCGAUGACAAUUUAGUACGAAGUGGUAGUGGUGGUGGUGGAAUAACAACUUGCCAAGACUGUGGAAACCAGGCGAAGAAAGGUUGUAGUCAUAGAAGGUGCAGGACAUGCUGCAAGAGUCGUGGUUUUGAUUGCCCUACUCACGUGAAGAGCACGUGGGUUCCGGUGGCACGGCGGCGGGAACGACAGCUCAUGGCGGAGGCUACUACUGCUGCUGCCGCGGGGUCUAGUGGUUCAACUUCUGGCACCAAGAAACCUAGGCUCAUUGCUUCAAACACCACAACAACAUCUCAUACUUCGACUUCUAAUAACACUCCCCCUAGGAGCUUUGACACUAGUUCUAGCCAUCAAGAUGCGAGUUUCAAAGAGUCAUUGCCUGGUCAAGUGCGUGCACCCGCAGUGUUCAAUUGUGUCAGAGUAACGGCAGUGGAUGAUGGUGAAGAUGAGUACGCAUAUCAGGCUACUGUGAAGAUUGGUGGCCAUGUGUUUAAAGGGUUUCUUUAUGAUCAAGGGGUUCAAGAUAGAGAUGCUUAUCCUAAUCUUUCUGAACUGCAUUUGGGUGGUGGUGGAAAUGUUGGAAGUGGUAGAAAUGGAAUUUCAUCUUCAUCUCCAAUGAUUGAUCCUUCUGAUGUUUAUGCAGCUUCGGGUGGAGGGUUACUCGGAGGUUCAUCUACCUUUGGUAAUCAAAUAAAUUAAAAUGAUCCUUUCCGAGUGCAAGAUAUUAAUAGAUUGGCUUGGAAAUCCUGACACAUAUUGUAGGCUAAUUUUCUUAUUUUGCUAAUAUUGA